UCCACUGGCACACAUACACAUCCGUGUCAUUUGCCGGCUUGGCGUUACGAAGAAGGGACUGCGCUAGUGUAAACCUCAACCAUGUCGCCCCCUAGCAUCAAGAAAAUCCUGAUCAGCGACAGCGUCGCUCCAGAGUGUAAAGAAGUUCUGGAAAAGGCGGGAAUCGUCGUGGAAAUGAAGACCGACAUGACGAAAGACGAGCUUUGUGAGAAAAUCAAGGGGGCUGACGGGUUGAUCGUUCGUUCUGCCACCAAGGUGACAGCCGACGUUAUCGAGGCGAGCGACUGUCUGAAGAUCGUGGGCCGCGCGGGAACCGGCGUGGACAACGUGGACAUUCCCUCGGCAACCAAGAAGAACAUCGUGGUCAUGAACACCCCCGGAGGAAACACACUGAGUGCUGCAGAACACACCUGUUUCCUCAUCGGAAGCUUAGCAAGGCAGAUCCCCCAGGCCCACAUGUCCAUGAGGGAGGGCAGAUGGGACAGGAAAAAGUUCAUGGGAAACGAGCUGUACGGAAAGACGUUAGGGAUCAUCGGUCUGGGGAGGAUCGGCAAGGAGGUGGCACUGAGGAUGCAGGCAUUUGGCAUGACGACGAUAGGUUAUGACCCCAUCAUCGAUGGCAAGACAGCCUCAGAGUUCAACGUGGAGUGGAUGGAACUGGAACAGCUGUGGCCGAAAUGUGAUUACAUCACCGUACACGUGCCACUCAUCCCACAGACACAGAACAUGCUGUGUGAUGAAACGUUUGCGAAGUGCAAGGACGGCAUGCGGGUUGUCAACGUCGCUCGGGGCGGGAUUUACGAAGAAGCGGCGAUAUUGCGUGCGCUGGAGUCCGGGAAAUGUGGAGGGGCAGCGCUGGAUGUGUGGGAGAAGGAGCCAACCACUAACACGGCACUAGUUCAGCACCCCAACGUGAUCGCAGUGCCCCAUCUUGGCGCCAACACCCGGGAGGGCCAGCGUCGCUGCGCUAUCGAGAUCGCAGAGCAGAUCGUCGACUGGGUCAACGGCAAGGGGCUGGUUGGUGCAUACAAGAUAGCUCGAAGAAAAGAAAAGAAAGUUUAGGAAGUACUUAUUUUCUAUCUUGGAAGACUUUUUACUUUGUCAUACUAUUUUUCUUUGUACAGUUGACAUAUGAGGAGAUGUAUGAUGUCAUAACUUGAAGUCUUAUAAUUGGUGAAGGUUUGUACAUUGUAUGAAGGUAUGCACAUUGUAUGAAGGUUAAUACAUUGUAUACAUAAGGAAAGAUUCAACCAAAGAAGUGUUGACCUUUUCUCUGAGGAGAAGGAUGGAAAGAGCAUUCAUUGACGAACAUUAUUUUAGCAUGAUUCUGUUCUUUUGUAAGUAGGAAGUAUAGAAACGGAGGGAUUCCGUCAAAAGAAAAAUUCUAGAAAUAGAUACACUUGCUUCUCUCAUCUUUUGUAUCAAAAGCACAGAUCCUCUAUUCUUAUGUCAUUACUGUAAGUAAUCUCCAAGCAGAUGUUAGGAGGGUGGUUGAAUGUUACAAAAUGUAGCGUUAUAAAGCGUUACUGUAUCUGCACUGUAUGGCCAGUAUACCCACUCUAAGGGGUGAAAUACCAGAAACCAUCCUCCUCCUUAACAUCUGCUUGGAGAUUAAGAAUUUUCAUUCUAAACAAAAUUGAAGACAAAAAAAAAAUACUUCUUCACACAACAUUGUGAAAGAUGAACUAACACCUUUCUGCUUUGUAAUCUGCUUUUGCUUUUACAGUUAGCUGUUUAAAAUGUAAAUGACAAACUAAGCAAAGUCUUUCUGUACAAAAUAUCUUCUUUGGUUACAAUGUAUGUGUGUGGACAGUCCUUGCUUUUAGUGUUAUUUUGUAACAAAACAUCAGAAAAGUUGAAGUAGACAACAGGUGCUAUUUCUUGUUAGAACGAGAAAUUAGUUCUCAGAAUGCUUAUUUUGAGAAGUGUUUCAAAGCUGUAGACUUUGAUGAAAUGAUACCAAGGCAAAGAUUGUGACUGUGUAUGUGUACAAUAUACUAGUACAUGAUUGUAUGAAGAUGUAUAUCGAAUAUUGGCUAUAAACAUUGGUCUCCAAGCAGAUUUGAGUUGCUACUGUUCAGUCCAUGGGAUACUGUCUCACCAACAGAAGAUUUGCUUGGAGAUUAUAUAAACUAUAGUUGGUGAAAGGUGAAGGUAGAUGAAUCGCAUUGAAUCUGCUCAUUGUCAGCGCUUUGUGGAGCUUCUCAUUAAAAGUGCCAUAAUUUUGGAAGAAAUGUUUAGAAAAAAAAAGCACAAGCAAUGCUUGGAUGUUUCGAUGUGACCAAAGGUUAAGGUAAGAGGUUACUUUUGGUGGUACAUGUGUCUAGCUUAGCUGUCUAAUAUCUUCUGUGGAGAAACUUUAGAAAUAAAGUUAACAAAACCAAGGA